UUCUCUCUCCUUCUCUCUCAUUUCCAUGCGCUUUUUUUCUUCUCUCUCUCUCACCCAAACACAAACACAAACAGUGCUUCAUCUCGCUCCACCGAAUUUGGAUUCUUCGAGGUUCAUCUUCUCUCUUUUUCUCUCUCUCUGUCUCGUCUGAUUUCUUUGUUUCCCACUCCUUUUUAUUUCGACUUGUUAUGAACUCAUUUUUGUCUUCUUACUCUUCGCUUCUGAACCAAAAUUUUGUUGCUCUCUACGGCUUUUCUCUGGCUGUGGUGACUUGUAGCUCCUUUUUUAUCCCCUUUGUUGAUUUCUAGAUUGCUGAAGGUUCGGUUCGGUUCGGAUAUUCCUGAGAGAUUUUGAAGGGGUACAUAUCUUCUCUUUGAAUUGCUUGGUGGGGAGGAAUCUGUUGCUUGGUUAAAUGCUCUAUACUGUACCGCUUUAUUGGGUUUUGUUGGUGGUGGUAGGGUUAGAGUUCGAAUUAGGGUUAGGGCCUUAAAAGCUUCAAAUAGAAAUGCCUCUCGGGGAGGCAAUGGUUUCGGAUCCUGUUGAUGGUAUACAGUAUUCGUUUGCCAAGGAGUACAAAGGUCCACCGGUGCUGUAUGAUCUUCCUCAGGCUCUUCCGAUCAACGUGGAGCGGAUUCCGGUGGCUGCAGUGGUAGCUGAGGUUCCAUUUACCCAUAAAAUGUCUUUGCCGGUUGUUCAACCGAUUUUGGCGCAUGAUGCUCUGAAUAAGAAGUUCUCUAAAGAGUCAGAACCUGCCGGUGGGAAGUCUGUGGUUUCACCUACAUCCGUAAUCGCCUUUGAUCAGAGUACUGAGGAUAGUCGCAGGUGUCUGUCCAAAGAAUCGGAUUCUGGCUCUGAAACGACUGUUUCACCAACUUCUGUUAUUGCCUUUGAGGAGAGAGCAGUGAGUAAUCAUGGAUGUCAAUUGUCGGGUGACUUGAGUAGUUCCGGUGCUUUGGAGUUUUCAAAUGGGAAAAUUGUUUCUGGUGAAUUGUCGGAUGUGGGCAACUUCUCGAGGGCAUAUGGCUGUUCCUCUAUUAGUCACGGAAAUUCUUGUGAGUUAUUAGGUGACGCGGGAAGCUCCUGCACCAUAGAGUUUUCUGGAAGCUUUAAUAAAUCACAGCGAAGCUCAUAUUCUUUGAGGGCUUCGAACUGUAGAAAGGAAAGCAUAGAUUUCGAUGAUGUCAAUCAAGUUGAUUGGGUAUCUACAGAAUCAGUAUUGAGUACGGACUAUCCAUCUUCUCGGGUUUCUUCUAUGAAAGUUGUAAACGAAGGAAGUGGUGAUGGUGGGCGGCCAGCUGUAACUUUUCUUGACCCUGAGUCUGAUGAUACAUACAAUGAAGAGUAUAGUUUGGAUGAGCCAGAGAAGACUCUGCGAGUGAAAAGAGAAUCACAAAGAAAAGGAAAGAGAGGAUCUUGUUAUCGAUGCUGCAAGGGAAAUCGGUUCACUGAGAAGGAGGUCUGCAUCGUCUGUGAUGCUAAGUAUUGCAGUAACUGUGUGCUUAGAGCUAUGGGUUCAAUGCCCGAAGGUCGAAAAUGUGUGACUUGCAUAAGUUUUCCUAUUGAUGAGUCUAAGCGUGGAAAUUUGGGAAAAUGCUCCAGAAUGCUUAAGAGAUUGCUGAAUGAGUUGGAGAUUCGACAGAUUAUGAAGGCUGAGAAGUGUUGUGAAGCGAAUCAACUACCACCAGAGUAUGUUUGUGUGAAUGGGACACCUUUAUCUUUUGAGGAGCUCACAAUGCUUCAAACCUGUCCCAACCCACCAAAGAAGCUAAAACCAGGAAAUUAUUGGUACGAUAAGGUUUCUGGUCUUUGGGGAAAGGAAGGACAGAAACCCUCGAAGAUAAUUACUCCCCAUCUUAACAUCGGUGGCCCUAUUAAAGCAGAUGCUAGCAAUGGAAAUACAAAGAUUUUUAUAAAUGGCCGAGAAAUUACAAAAGUAGAGCUCCGGAUGCUGCAGUUGGCUGGAGUUCAAUGUGCCGGUAAUCCUCACUUUUGGGUUAAUGAGGAUGGAUCAUACCAAGAGGAGGGGCAGAAGAACACCAAAGGGUACAUAUGGGGGAAGGCUGGAACAAAGCUUGUCUGUGCUCUGUUAUCACUACCAGUUCCUUCUAAAUCUUCAACUUAUUCUGGAGAAUCAGAAAGCAACCUUGUUUACAGAACUUUUCCUGAUUACCUUGCUCUUCAAAAGUUCCUCUUAGUUGGUUAUGAUGGAUCUGGGACAAGUACCUUAUUUAAGCAGGCCAAAAUUAUCUAUAAGGAUGCACCUUUCUCCAAAGACGAACGUGAAAUCAUUAAGUUGAAGAUCCAGAGCAAUGUGUAUGGCUAUCUUGGUAUAAUUCUUGAAGGCCGUGAACGGUUUGAGGAGGAAAGUUUGGCUGAAACAAGGAGGAGAAAACUGUCUGAUGAAGUUGAUCCUGCUGGGAGCUUGAGUGUUGAUUCUGACAAAACCAUGUAUUCAAUUGGACCAAGAUUGAAAGCAUUCUCUGAUUGGCUUCUCAAGACUAUGGUAUCUGGAACUUUGGAGACUAUCUUUCCUGCCGCCACUCGUGAAUAUGGACCGCUAGUUGAAGAGUUGUGGAAUGAUGCUGCUAUUCAGGCUACCUACAAACGAGAAAGUGAGCUGGAUAUGCUGCCCAAUGUUGCUCAUUAUUUUCUAGAAAGAGUAGUUGACAUAUUGAAAACCGAUUAUGAACCUUCCGAUUUGGAUAUCCUAUAUGCAGAGGGUCUUAUUUCAUCCAAUGGGCUUGCUUGUGUAGAUUUCUCAUUUCCACAAUCUGCACCUGAUGAUGAUGUCGACACUGCCGAUCAGCAUAACUCUUUGCUUAGGUAUCAACUUAUUAGAGCUCAUGCAAGAGGAAUCGGUGAAAAUUGCAAGUGGCUGGAGAUGUUCGAGGACAUUGGGAUUGUUAUUUUUUGUGUCUCUCUGAGUGACUAUGAUCAGUUUUCCAUUGACAGCAAUGGGGAUUCCGUGAAUAAGAUGUUACUCAGCAGGAAAUUCUUUGAAAGCUUGGUUACUCAUCCAACCUUCGAUCAAAUGGACUUCCUUGUGUUACUGAACAAAUAUGACUUGUUUGAAGAGAAGAUCGAGCGCGUACCGUUAACUCAGUGCGAUUGGUUUGACGAUUUCCAUCCAAUGAUCAGCCGUAACCGCUCCAACAGCCAGAACAAUAUAAACAGCAGCCCUUCACUCGGGCAACUCGGUUUCCACUAUGUAGCAGUAAAAUUCAAAAGGCUCUUCACCUCAUUGACCGGGCGGAAGUUGUAUGUUUCACCUGUGAAGGGUCUAGAACCUGAUAGUGUUGAUGCAGCUCUUAAAUAUGCUAGAGAGAUAAUGAAGUGGGAUGAAGAAAGAACCAACUUUAGCUUGAGUGAGUACUCGGUCUACAGCACAGAAGAAAGCUCGUUUUCUCACUAAUGCUUUUAGAUCAGGGCCAGGGGUGGCUUGUAGAGUGGGUACAAAUGCUAUACCAAUACCAAAUUUAUAUAAUUUCCACUGUAAAUAUGAUAGCUCUGUAAAUCAACAAGAUAAGCCCGUUCCUUCCACAAGCAAUUGCAGCUGUAAGUUUGCAAGUUAACAUUUUGGUAGUAGUGGCUGAGAAUUUAGGAUUCAGUUUUCAAUAUUAUUUUGAGCCUAUUUUGGAGUAGGUCUUCAGGACUUC